AGAGCACUUCAUUUAGAAUUUUAGAUAGCCAAGAAUGAAGUCAGUUAGGGCCGCAAUAGGGCGGCUAAUAGGGCGAUAUGAACGUCUCAGCUCUGACGACUCUGACGUCUCGGACCAGGAGACGCCUGAGCCUGAGACGGAAGACGUGUGGCAUGUGAACACCGCUGGCGACGUGGCAGAAGUCGCGCGGAAGCUGCUACACCAGCGGCCUCGAGCUAUCUACGCCAGACUGCCAGUGUCGGAGCUGCGCGCUGCUGGCGCCAGCUGGUCUGACCUGGCUCGGCUGCACGUGGGGCAACUGCAGCUGGUGACCCGUGUAGCCGGGCCUCCAAGCCGCGAGCCCUGCGACGACAUGCUGCAGUGCCUUCAUGGCUCCGGUCGUGGACAUUUGGCCGCUGGAUCCCGCCUGGGCUUUGCUUCUACCGAGCCCGCCACCGCCGUUUCAGGAGGGGCACGACGCUGA